CAGCAAAAAUUGAUUUAUAUUAGAAAAAUUGUAAGAGUUAAUACUGGAUUAAAUCUUUAGAAAAUAAUUUAAAUAAUGCAAUUUGAGUCUUAGUAUAUAGAUACUUUUAAUCCUAAUAGCGAUGCUUCUGGAAAAAACUAUAAUUCUUAUAAAUAUGGCUUGCUUGAGGAUAAAAAAUCUUCAUUUUUAUGGAGAAAUUCAUAAAGUCUUAAUCUAUAAUAAUCAGAUAUAAAUCCUAUGUAAGCAUAUAAUACUGCAGAUAGAGAUAGCAAUUACACUAUUUAAUAGCGCUUGAAAUUGGAAAAUGAAAUGCUUCUUAAUGAAUUCGCAAAAACCUAUAUAUUUCUUUAAGGCAAAAAUAUUGAUUUUAUAUCUCCUUGUUAAGAAAAUCUUAGAACUAAUGUUUAAUAUAUUGUUGAGAACGAUUGCAAAUAUAUUGGGGAAGUAAAUGAAUAUAAGUAAAGACAUGGUAAAGGUAUUAUAAUAAAGAAAGAUAAAUCCUACUACUUUGGUGAUUUUUAAAAUGAUUAAAAAAAUGGACUAGGAAUUUAAGUUCAUUCAAAUUAAGAAAGGUAUGAAGGUGAAUAUGUAAAUGAUACUCAAAUCGGUAAAGGAAAGCUAUUUUAUAUUAAUGGAGAUUAAUAUAUUGGUUAAAUAGAAAAUGGGAUGAAACAUGGAUAAGGAAAAGCUAUAUUUUAUGAUCUUUGUGCUACUUUUAUUGGUAAGUUUAGAUGCGAUAAAAGAGAAGGCUAAGGUUUACUUAUUAGUUUUAAUGGAAAAGUUAUUUAAGAAGGUAUUUAUAAAGAUGAUUAACUUGUGUCAAGCUGCUCAAAUAUACCUACUUUUAAAUCUCUUAAGUCAUAAAAUUCUAAAUAAAAUACUAAAAGCAGAGUAACAUUUGAAGGAAUAGAUGUAGAAGCUGAUUUGAAACAAUAAAUGCCAAUUGAUAAAAUAGAAACGAAUGUUCAAUUAUACAACAAUGAAAAUAAAAUUACAAGUGAAUUAUCAGAUUUAACUAAUUAGUAGAAUUUUAAAAUGUCAAUAGAAAAUAAUGAAAUUUAAAAUAGCAGUUGCUAUUGCAGUCUUUUACCUUAAAGUAUUAGAGAUUUUUUAAGAAUUUGA